AUGCUCAGACUAAUCCUGAGGGAGAAUUCUUUCCAAUUUGUUGGAAAAAACUACCUCCAAGUACAAGGUACAGCUAUGGGAACAAAAAUGGCAGUUGCAUUUGCUAACAUUUUUAUGUCUGCAAUAGAGACAGAAAUUAUUAACAAAAGUCCGCACAAACCACUAGUGUGCAGGGGCGUAGCGUGGGUUUUUGAAGAUGUACGCACGAGAAUAAAUUUUUCGUAAGCCCCAAAGACGCUUACAUCUAGGGGGGUCUGGGGGCAUGCUCCCCCAUAAAAUUUUGAAAUUUAGGGUCUCGGAAAUGCCAUCUCCUGGUUUUUCUGCGGGGCAUUUUCAAUAAAUAAUGCGGCAAAAAUGCAGUAGAAAGUUGUACAAAAACAAUGACGACAGGUCACAAGCAAAGGGCGAGGCGUCGACCCUUAAGACGGGCAAACUCCUUAACCAACCUGUCAAUCCACGUUCUUAUGUUUAUGUAUAUGAGGGAUUGCUAGGGAGCUUAAUCUUUCGUCCGUCAUCGUACUUCGCAGAGGAGAUUUUAGUCUCUUCAUGCUACUGAAGCUCAUUCGGCAGUGCAUGUAGAUUAGUUGUCUUGUUAAUUGCGUUGAAGUAAUCGUGUAUCGAUUUUCGAGCCAUAUGUGUGUACUUUGUCUCACGAAACACACGAAAACACUACAGAAGCCAGUGAUCACGCUCCUCAAGUCGCAGAAAUAUUCAUAGGAUUCUCUAACAGUUUCUUCGGAACAUCAAUCACUGGGGCUUCACUGUUUGACCUCACAAGUAUAUUCCUAAUAUCCGUUGACGGCAAAUACGUUUUGUUCUGAAGCCACACGUCAUGGCAUAGUAACCUCUCCUUCAAGAAUACCUGCGGGGCUGGAAAAACUGGUGAGGCUGGCUGACCUUGAGGGAGGGGUACAUGAGGCGUUUUUCCUAUUUUUGUGCUUACCACUCAAAUGCAUUUUGCCAUUAUUAGUGGCCAGCACUGAAUGAUUGAUGCUUAGAUAAUGGGAAUUCUACUAAAAAAGCCAGUAUAAUGUGAAAAUAUGAAAUUAUUAGCCAGCAAAUUUAAUGAGAAAAAUUUUUUCUCAGAUCUCAGCUGUACGCACGAGCGUACGUGUGUAUAUGGACGCUACGCCCCUGGUGUGGAAGAGAUUUAUCGAUGACAUAUUCUCAUUGUGGAAUGUAGACAAAGAAGAAAUAUACUCAUUCAUCGAACUAGCAAAUAACCACCACCCGACCAUAAAAUUUACUGCUGAAGUUUGA